AGAAAAGCCAAAACGACCUACAUUUGGAAACGGAGGGAGUAGAAGCCACAUCUCUUCUGGAAUACUACAUUUUUUUUUGUCUUAUUCCACAAUGCAGGAGGAAUUCUUAACACGUGAGCCAUCAACAAUGGGAGUUUUGAGGAAGUUUCACAGCAUGCUCUUCAAUAGUAACUAGGUUCAGGCCAUAGUUUGUCUUUUACUACCUAGUGCCUGGUGGAUAUGUAAAAAACAAGGGGACAAAUCCAAAGGGAACAAACUGAACAUUCCCAUAGUAUUCGUUUUCAAUGCGGACCACUCAACAUGUCAAACAUUGUGUUUUACCAUGACUGCUUCCAAAUGUCCUAGUGUUGUCCUAUACAGAACAAAACCCCCUUAUCAGGUAAUUCAUGCUAUGGACAUGCUAUAAAUAUGGCAGUGCUAACAAGUAGAAAAGUUGCUCAAGCUAAAACCACCCAAACCAAAUUACCACUUGAACAUACCAAGAGUGAUGUACAGGCCACUCUUGCAGGAUCAGGGCAUAGCGGAUCACUUGGCGCAGCUCGGCCCAGUCCUGUAUGCAUGUGCCACUCAUGUAAUCGAGGGAUCCUUUGAGAAGACUGACAUUGAUCUUAGUCAGAUUAAAAGGCUCACCUCCAUAGCUGAUGGGCCGCUGCAACGUCUGUCCCUGAUCAUUGCUGACAGCCUAGCCCGUCGUCUUCUCUGCCCCAUCCAGGGCUUUGCUGGUGCCCUCAUUCAUCCAUCCGACUACUUCGAGCAGUCAAUCCUUCAGACUGCUCGCUUCAACUUCACUAACCUCAGCCCCUACAUCAGCACUGGCUUCGCCACCAUUAACCGGGCAAUCCUUGAAGCAAUGGAGGAUGAACAGGUUGUUCGCAUUAUUGACCUGUCCUGCUCAACCUCCCACCCAAGGCAGUGGCUCAAGCUCCUUCGUGACUUCCAUGGGCGACAAGGGGGACCACCUGAAGUACGCCUCACCGUUGUUCAUGAUGACAACGAUUUCCUGGCUAACAUGCGCGCGCUGCUAUCUAAGGAAGCUGAAAUGCUCAAAAUUCCAUUCCAGUUUAAUUCGGUGAUUGGCAGACUUGAGACCUUGGACUUCAGUAAUCUUCGCAAUACCCUAGACAUAAAAUAUGGUGAGGCAAUUGCAAUCAGCUGCUCACUGCAGAUGCAUCGCCUACUCGUGGUUGAUGAUGUGAGCUGUUCUGGUAUUGGUCAGCUCCAGAAAAUGGCAAACAUCGCACAACUUAAGCAGAUGUCCAGCUCAGUGUACAGCCCAGCUUCCACACUGAACUAUCCACAAACACCGUCCCCUCAGUGUCAGACACCGAAGUUGCUGGUUAACUUCCUCAAUGCCGUCUGUGUGCUCAAACCAAACAUCAUGUUGAUGAUGGAGCAAGAUGCAAACCACAACGCCUUGUUGUUCUGUGACCGGUUUGUGGAGGCUCUUAACUAUUAUGCUGCCCUUUUUGACAGCUUCCAUGCAGUGAUUGCAGCCAACCCGCGGAGGUCCGAUGAGCGGGCACGAGUUGAAAGGAUGAUCCUGGGGGAAGAGAUCAAGAACAUACUUGUGUGUGAAGGAGUCCAUCGGUAUGAGCGACAUGAAAGGCUGAGCCAGUGGGCAAUGCACAUGAAUAGAUCUGGGUUUGAUCAUGUGCCACUCAGCUUCCAUGCCAUUUGGGAGGGUAAUCAAAAGCUCAUGAGCUUUGGACUGAAUGGAUGUCAGAGCAAGGUAGAAAGUGAUUGCCUUCUGCUCUGCUGGGGUUCCACGCAUCUGUACUCUAUAUCAGCAUGGAGGCCACAUAAAGGCUCAACUUCUGGGAGCAGAGAGCAUAUGUUAGUCAGCCACAGUGCCAAAUAAUAUGGCCAGAAAAUUAGGCGCCUCUGUUCAUCAUAGUUGCCUUUCCGUUUAGCUAGUGAUGCGAUUUGUCUGGCAGUUCUUUUUUUUUUCCCCCUUUAGAGUAGUAUACAACAUUUGGUCUGAAGCAUGAUUAUGUAUAGAUGAAAGGAUUGUAAUUGUUUCACUGAAAAUUCUUAACCACUUGAAUGGGAACCAGCAGAGGCACUUAAUGGUA